AUGACUACUACUAUCUUUCGCAAUGGCCGAAUCUUCGUGCCAACAUCAGGCGAAGAGAAUGAAUUCGCUGAUACAAUGAUCAUCGAGAAUGAUCGAAUUUCCUACGUCGGCUCUCUCGAAAACGCCCAAGUCCCCGCAGAUGCAGCGGUGGUCGAUUUGGAGAACCGCGUCGUGGUCCCCAGCUUCAUUGAUAGCCACGUGCACAUCCUGCAGUACGGUCAUUCACUGCAAAAAGUCAAUCUCAUCGCUUGUACUUCGCUGGACCAGAUCCGAGAUACCAUCAAGUCAUACGCCGAGUCUAACCCAUCUGUGCCGCGAAUUCUCUGCCGUGGGUGGAUUCAAGCUUCUACCGAUGGAGUUGCCUUGGCGAGCAUGCUGGAUGAUUUGGAUUCCCGGCCUAUCUAUAUCGACUCGUUCGAUCUCCACUCCAUGUGGUGUAAUUCUGCUGGACUUGAGGAAAUGGGCGCUCACACUGCCCCGGAUCUUCCCGGGGGCACUAUCCAUCGAAAUGAGGCUGGGAAGGCAUCGGGUCUGCUGGAUGAGUCUGCUCUGAUGAACCUUGCCUGGCCACAUUUAGAAAGCCUCUAUUCGAAAGAGGAUAAUUUGAGCGCGUUGGAUGUGGCUAUUUCUACAUAUACAGCGGCUGGAUAUACGGGGAUCGUCGAUAUGGCCAUGGAUGAAGGUGCCUGGGAGAUCCUGAAUGAAUAUCGCCGCGAUAAGAACAUCCCCUUCCACAUUGGUGUUCACUGGCUUGUCCCGUUCUCUGAUGAUCAGGAAGCCAACUUCCGCUACGUGGAUCGAGCGAUCGAACUACGAAAGCAGUUCCCCGAUCCCAGCUUCACCGUUCUUGGAAUCAAGCUGAUCUGUGAUGGUGUGGUUGAUGGAUGCACGGCUGCUCUUCUCCAGCCAUACACAGGAAAAUCGGAUCCAGUGGAGCCAAUAUGGCCAGCUGACCUGCUGCAGGGUGUCGUCCAACGUGCCGAUUCUGCCGGUCUCCAAUGUGCUAUCCAUGCAAUCGGUGACAAGGCUAUUCACCAAGCAAUCAACGUGUUAUCACAAGUCGGCACUCCGGGCCGGAGACACAGAAUCGAACAUCUCGAACUAAGCACAUCCGAGGACGCGAAGCGACUUGGCCAGUUGGGUAUCACCGCAUCUAUCCAACCUGUACAUUCCGAUCCAGCUCUUUUCAAAGCCUGGCCUGGUCUUGUUGGUCCGCAUCGGUGCAAGCGAGCGUUUGCCUAUAAGGAUUUCUUGGAUGGUGGUGCCCCCAUUGCUAUUGGAACUGAUGCACCCACUGCGCGACACUUUCCUUUUCCGAAUCUUUAUAAUGCUACUACCAGACGUUCGGCGCUUGAGCCGGAGUCUACUGAUACAGUCAACUCGCAUUUCGGUAUUAGUUUGGCUCAAGCGGCUACCGCUGCUACGACUGGUGCGGCGUAUGCACGCUUCGCGAACUCGUGGACUGGGAGCUUAAAGGAGGGUUUGAAGGCGGAUUUCCUUGUUGUGGAUAUGCAGUGGAACCCGGAAACACUUCUUGAGGCAAAGGUGUGCCAGACGUGGUAUCUGGGUAAGAAGAUUUAUGACUCGCGGGAGAAGGAAUAA